AUGCAGCUGGGCGAGCCGCUGCUGGCCGCGGCGGGGGCCCUGCCGGGCGCCCCUUUCUACCCGCUGGAGGGCGGCGGCGGCGGCGGCGGGGCCCGCGGGCCGCCCGCCUCGGGCUCGGGCUCGCCGCCGCGCCUGGACCUCGACAAGGCGCCCAAGAAGUUCCCGGCCAUGCUGGGCGAGGCGGAGGCGGGCGAGCCGCCCUUCGGCGCCCCGAAGCCCGACGGCCGCAAGGCCACCCCCUGCGGCGAGGAGGAGCUGCCGCCCGCCGCCGCCCGCUACUCCAUGGACAGCCUCAGCCCCGAGCGCUACUACCUGCAGUCGCCCGGGCCGCCGGGCGCCGACCUGGGGGGCGGCUGCUCCCUCUUCCCCUACCCGGCCGCGGGGCAGCACGGCGCCGUGUACCAGCCGCCCGCCGCGGCGCGCUACCCCUACGGCUCGGUGCUGCCGCCGGGGGGCUUCGCCGGCGCCGUCUGCCCGCCCGGCGCCCGGGCGCAGUUUGGCGGCGGCGGCGGCUACCAGUACGGGCAGGCGGCGGGCGGCGGCCCCCUCUACGGCCCCUACCCGGCGGCGGCGGCCGGCUCCUGCGGCGGGCUGGGGGCGCUGGGGGUGCCGGCGGCGGGGCCCGGGCUGCGGGCGCAGGUUUUCCUCUGCAACCGGCCCCUCUGGCUCAAGUUUCACCGGCACCAGACGGAGAUGAUCAUCACCAAGCAGGGCCGGCGCAUGUUUCCUUUCCUGAGUUUUAACAUCACCGGCCUCAACCCCACGGCUCACUACAAUGUGUUCGUGGAGGUGGUGCUGGCGGACCCCAACCACUGGCGCUUCCAGGGGGGCAAGUGGGUGACCUGCGGCAAAGCCGACAACAACAUGCAAGGCAACAAGGUUUACGUUCACCCCGAAUCGCCCAACACCGGGGCUCACUGGAUGAGGCAGGAGAUCUCUUUUGGGAAGCUGAAGCUGACGAACAACAAAGGUGCCAACAACAACAACGCGCAGAUGAUAGUACUGCAGUCUCUACACAAAUACCAACCUCGGCUGCACAUUGUAGAAGUGACUGAAGAUGGCGUGGAAGAUUUGAAUGAUUCUUCAAAGACUCAAACUUUUAUUUUUCCUGAAACGCAAUUCAUAGCAGUUACAGCAUAUCAAAACACUGAUAUUACCCAGCUCAAAAUUGACCAUAAUCCUUUUGCGAAAGGCUUCAGAGACAACUAUGACUCCAUGUACACAGCUUCAGAAAAUGACAGAUUAACUCCAUCUCCCACGGAUUCUCCUAGAUCCCACCAGAUUGUCCCUGGCGCCCGAUACAGCAUGCAACCCUUCUUCCAAGAGCAGUUUGUGAACAACCUGCCCCCUGCCAGGUUUUACAAUGGCGAGAGAACAGUACCUCAGACAAACGGCUUGCUUUCCCCGCAGCAGAACGAAGAGGUGGCCAGCCCUCCUCAGCGGUGGUUUGUUACUCCUGUACAGCAGCCCAGUGCCAACAAGUUGGACAUGAACUCUUAUGAGACGGAGUAUUCUCCUAGCACCUUGCUCCCUUACAGCAUUAAAUCCCUUCCCCUUCAGACAUCCCAUGCUCUGGGAUAUUACCCUGAUCCAACAUUUCCAUCCAUGGCAGGCUGGGGGAGCAGAGGCUCUUACCAGAGAAAAAUGACAACAGGAUUACCUUGGACCUCCCGAACAAGUCCUCCAGGUUUUUCUGAAGACCAGCUUUCCAAGGACAAGGUCAAAGAAGAAAACAGCUCAUCCUGGAUAGAGACUCCACCCUCCAUAAAGUCUCUAGAUUCAAAUGAUUCUGGGGUCUACACGGGUGCUUGUAAGAGAAGACGACUCUCCCCUAGCACUUCAAGCAAUGAAAAUUCCCCAACUAUGAAAUGUGAGGACAUUAAUGCUGAGGACUAUAGUAAAGACACUUCAAAAGGCAUGGGCUACUACGCAUUCUAUACCAGUCCUUAA